GAAGAGGGAAAGAAAAUCAGGGGGAAGAGUUAACUAGUAGUGUUAGGUAUAAAAAGUUCCCGCGUGGCAAAACUCGUCCCGUUUGGCUGAAGCCCCCCUCAUCCAUUCACAAGAGCUUCUGGGAGAGGCGGUGAAGAUCCACCGAAACGCCACCAUGACCCACCAGUUUCCAAGCCUCUCUCCGGAGCAGAAAAAGGCACUCUCUGACACAGCUCAGAGGAUUGUAGCUACUGGCAAAGGGAUCCUAGCUGCAGAUGAAUCUGUUGGGACAAUGGGUAACAGGUUGCAACGCAUCAAGGUGGAGAAUACGGAAGAAAAUCGCCGUCAGUUCCGUGAUAUUCUCUUCUCUUCCGACCCAUCCAUCAGCCAACAGAUUGGGGGAGUUAUUUUCUUCCACGAGACUCUCUAUCAGAAGGACAACACUGGAAAACUCUUCCCAGCUGUCAUUAAGGACAAAGGCAUAGUUGUUGGAAUCAAGCUGGAUAAAGGCACAGCUCCAUUGGCAGGAACUAACAAUGAAACCAGCAUUCAAGGUCUGGAUGGGCUUGCUGAGCGCUGUGCCCAAUAUAAGAAAGAUGGAGCAGAUUUUGGCAAGUGGCGUGCUGUGCUGAAAAUUACACAGACAACUCCUUCCCCCCUUGCCAUCCAGGAGAACGCUAACACAUUGGCACGCUAUGCUAGCAUUUGCCAACAGCAUGGCUUAGUUCCUAUUGUGGAACCUGAAAUCUUACCUGAUGGAGACCAUGACCUGCAGCGAUGUCAGUAUGUGACUGAAAAGGUGCUGAGUGCUGUUUAUAAGGCCUUGAAUGACCACCAUGUUUAUUUGGAAGGGACACUGCUAAAGCCCAACAUGGUGACAGCUGGACAAGCUUGUCCCAAAAAAUAUACCCCACAAGAUGUGGCCAUGGCAACAGUUACAGCUCUCCUUCGGACAGUCCCAGCAGCUGUUCCAGGAAUUUGCUUCCUUUCUGGGGGCCAAAGUGAAGAGGAGGCCUCCAUUAACCUCAAUGCUAUUAAUCUGUGCCCACUGCCCAAACCCUGGAAGUUGACUUUCUCCUAUGGACGAGCUCUACAGGCAUCAGCACUGGCUGCCUGGUCUGGCAAGCCUGAGAAUAAGAAGGCUUCCCAAGAGGCCUUCAUGAAACGGGCAAAGAUUAAUGGCUUAGCUUGCAAAGGCCAGUAUGUCACAUCUGAAAAGAGCAGUGGAACAGCCACCCAAUCACUGUUUAGUCCCAGUUACACAUACUAGUGUUAACAACCAAAACAACCAACUUCGACAACACCAAGGACCCCUCAUUUCAACCCUGAGCUACAAAUAUUCUCCUUUACUGACAUGCUAGUUCAUAAAGCAUGGCAGUUCAGUCACCCUCUCCUACAGCUGACAAAAGGCUGAAAGAGAAAACAUUCCACAAUACACCUGUGUUUCCCUAAAAAUACAAUCUACCCCAAAAACAAGCUAUAGCCCGAUUUUCAUACCUUUGUCUAAUAUAAGCCCUACCCCAAAACUAAGCCUGAGUUAAGCUCCACCCACCAUCUGAUUACAUGAGGUGGGGCAAGGCGCAUGGGUAAAAGUGAAGCUAGAGUGGGGGUGGGGGAUGCAGCUGCUUCACAUGCCCCGCACAUACUUACCUUAGUACUGCCGCAGCAGUACGUUGCACUGCUGCCUGAAUUUUUCUAGGGCCGCUUGCAGCUGCUUGCAGCAUUAUGCUGUGUGGCUCGUCGCGUCGGUGCCUCUGGCUCAUUGUUCCAGUGCCUCCGGCUCAUCGUUCCGGUGCCUCUGGCUUGACGCUCUGGUGCAUACGGCUCAUCGCGCUGGUGGCAGCACCGGUGCAACGAUCCACAUGGUAUAUGGCCACAAGCAGCCGCAAAAGAAGUGAAACAAUGGUGCAACAGGUGUCAGGGGCAUGGGCAGCCUAGCUGCUGUAGUUGUACGGUAAGCAGGUAAGACAUCUCCUGAAAUAACACCUGACACUUAUUUGGGGGCCCAAAAGAAAAUAAGACAGUCUUAUUUUCAGGGAAACAGUAUAUUCUUAGUAGGAACAGCAAAUGGAUGGAUUUCAAUGAUAGGCAUCAUGGCAAGUCUGUAAAUCCUUUGGCACCAUGCAAAUCAAUUUAAAUACAUUCAUAAGGAACCAGGCAGUUUUUAAGAAUCUAAUUUAUCAUUAAUUGGUCCACUGUCUUAUGACUCCCUCCAUGUCCUAUUAUUAUCCAAGGGGACAAAUAUGAAUAAAAUGCCCAUGUGCAGAGAACAACAUGAAGAAUAUCAAGAGGAAGAAAGAAGAAGCAGAGAGUGACUUUUCCAUUCAAUAAACUCAGAGCCAAUGUCUUACCACUGUGAAAAGAUUAAAUGGCUGUGAAACUUU